CUUGAAAAGAUUGUGAAAAUGCUGCUUGAGCACGGAGCUGAUGUCAAUGCCCAAGGUGGCCUCUAUGGAAACGCCCUUCAGGCGGCUUGUUCUAAUGGACACGAAAAAAUUGUGCAGUUGCUGCUGGAGCACAGUGCCGAUGUCAACACUCAAGGCGGUCUCUACGGAAACGCCCUUCAGGCAGCUUGUUCUAAAGGAUAUGAUGAGAUUGUGCUGAUGCUGCUCGAGCGCGGAGCGAAGAUA